GUCUAACAUUUAUCAAAGCUACCUCUAUGGGAUGUCACAGUAGGCCUGCCCUCUUACACAAUCUAAACAAUGUUGUGUUUCUCAAGUUCUUCGCCUCUCGUGCUAGUGCAUAGGCUUAGUAGAGGCACCCGCUGAGUUGGGCUACUACAUUUUGUCUUGAACAGUAGUACCCUUGUAAAUGGCUAAGCCGCAACCGUCCAAAUCCUUUUGCGUUGAAGAACGCCGCUGUGUAGGCUAUUUGCGUAGUAGCGGGAGCUGCGAUCCACAGGACAGACGCAUAGGAGCGAAGGGGGAGCAAUCCACCGCCGCCAUCGAAGUUGCUGUUGGAGAUCCGUCUAACCUCGCGCACAGCGUCAUCGUCGCUGCAAGAAGUAGCGCGGCAGUUGAAGCCUUCGCCACCCAACCGCGAGCCAUCGUUGUCGCUUCAAAUUUGGUGCACCGUCGUCUACCAAUCGCACCAUUGACCAUCGAGAAGAGAAUCGUCGCAGAUUUGCUGGUUCUGAAAGAUUUGGACGUGGUAUUGGGUGACAAGCCAGAAAAGAUGUCGGAUGCAGAUUGGGCAGGUUUGGAACGGAAAGCUAUGUCCGUGAUCCGUCUUUCGUUGACCAAGAAUGUUGCGUUCAACAUUCUGAAGGAGAAGACAACGAAGAGAAAUAUAGAAGCGUUGUCUAACAUAAUUGCGUUAGUGGAGAUGAAGUUCGAUGAUGAAGUUCAAGCUUUGCUACUACCAUCGUCUUUGCGUAAUAGUUGGUCUGGAACGGUUACAGCAGUUACCGGUUCAGUGGGACCUGAAGGAUUCACCUUCGAUCAGAUUCGAGAUCUCGUUCUUGGCAGAAGAAAUACAAGAGGCUCCGCGGGUGAUGAAGAGGUCCUUCUGACUGGAUGUGUGGAGAGCAGCGUGGAUUCUUGGGUCAUGGAUUAUGGUGCUUCAUUUCAUGCUACCCACAACAGUGAAGCAUUGCAGAAUCUGGUUAUUGGAGACUUUCGUAAGGUACGACUUGCAGACGAUAAAGCUCUUGAGAAAAGAAAUAAAGUCCGGUUCAUAGAGUCUCGUGGGCAGAAUAAGGUUGUCUAUGCAAGAGAGAAACCUAGAGCCACAGGUCAGGCAAAGGAUGAACGAGCGAGGAAAGGUUCAAGGAGGCCAGCCAAAGGUAUUUAUGACGGUGGGAGCUCAAGAGGCUCUUCAGCCAAGUUUACUAGAAGACAGUGGGUCAGGAGAACUAAUAUUCCAGAUGUUGGAACAUCUCUAGAAAAUUUCUUGUUGAGUAUGGAGAGUGUUUGUUCUCAAGAUGUUCCAGGAUCCAGCAGUGUGCGUCUGCAGUGGGAGCCGGUAGGAACCGAGGACGAGUCGGGGGCAGAUUUAGCCGUGACUGAUGUGAUUGGAGCUUGGGAGAGCUUCAACGGGCCUAUCAGUUGUCUGAUGAUAGAGCCGCUGCAAGAGGAGAGCUGAUGAAGAUUACUCAAUGUUAAUGAAGUGACGUGAUCCUGGAGGCAGACGGAGGCGAGAUUGUCGGAAUGGAUGUGAUGGUUUUGAAUUAAAGAACAUAAAUAAAUUAUGUUUGUGAUUAUGAUUGUUAAGCUUCCGCAAUAUUGAAAACUCCGUACUGUUUAUAUUAUGAAAAAUAUUAUUGUGAUAAAUAAAAGUGUUUGAAAUAU